GUUUAGUUAAUGGUAGUAUUGACAAACAUCGAUUGACAGAAUCGUAUAGUAACACAAGUAGUUCUAAUUCAAUUAUAAAAUGAAAGGUAUUUUAAUCUUUGAUCACUUAAACGAUGUUCUUUUUACGAAGUGUAAUAAAAAAUUUGCGAAUCAUAUAGAAAAACUGGCUAAAAUUCAAGGACUGAUCUCUGAAAAUAAGGAUAUAGAUAAUGAUGAAUCAAAAGUAAAUCCAAAUAUAAUAAUGCAAUUGUUCUCACCCAUUGUCACAUCCCAACAUGUAAUGGCUUCUCAGUUUGGAAAUUCUUACACUUCAAUGAGAUGUAACGAUGGUACAACUAUGGUUUUUGAUGAAUUUAUGGGAUACACGUUCAUUUACAUUUCCAUGGAUGAAGUAGAAUUAAUGAAAAGAACAUUAGGGGUGUGUGUGGCAAUCGUGAGACACGUUUGUGGUCCAGAUGUUGCAGUACUAAAGGUAAACAAACAGAAAGCCUGUUUAGUUUCAUCUUUGUUGAAUGCAUGGGUACAUUUAAGAAAUCACGAACAAAGUAUGCUUACAGAAGCAAUAGAACAACUAUCAAUAAACACAGACUUAGGUGUAUCGAUAUUAAAAGUGUUGCAUGAUGCGUGUGACAAAUUAAAGGCGCAGUCUGAAUUUUCCAAUGUACAUAUCUUGAUACUAGUGGAGCAAAAAUUUCUCUCAUUGUACUCUAGUAAAAAUGCCCAUGACUUGUAUGCUUCUGAUAUACUGCUAAUGAUGCUUAUGUGUUGGGUAGUUAAUCAGAGGAGAAAAGGAGAUACCCAAUCUGAAAUAAAUGAUAAUAAUGACGAUUGCACUGACAUUCUUUUACCUGAAAACAGUUCUUGUAAAGAGGAACAGAUAACUUUUGGAUCGAAGCUUGCGAAUCCUACUUCAGAAGACAUUACAAAUUUAUUUAGAGGAUCAAGAGAAUCUUCCAUUAACGAAGGUCUUUAUUCAUUAAUGGACGACGAUUUGUACAGUAAUUUGAUUUUACUUGGAACCGAGCAUGAUUACACUGCUAACGCGGUUCAUAUUUUUGAAUUAGCAGAUGGCAUUAAUCUCAUAAUGAUAGUGGAAGUGACUAAUCUUGCCACGUCAUCAGGACUAUACGAUAGUUUCCAUUAUUUAAAUAUUAUAAAUCGGUUGCAACUUCAAAGAGACAUCGAUGAACUAAGACCGGCAUUUGAAAAUUUCGACUUAGCAAUGAAAAAAACUUUAGAUGGAAUUAAAAAAAAUAGAGCUAAUGUCAGCAAUGACGUUGAUAUGUGUCAGCGAAGAUUACAAACAAAGUGGGAAUUUGUUCGGAAAAAAUAUUUGGAUUUAUUAAAAUCCAGAGACCCGGAAUCCAUUCUUCAAAUUGAAUCAAAUACGUCCGGAUUCACGGAUAAUUUAAAAGAAUUAUAUCGAUUGACAUGUUUCGAUAAAAAUUUCUUAAAGCAAGGCGUUGAUGUACUUACAACGGUAGGAAAGCUUGUUCGUCAAAAGCUGAAUGAUUUUAGCGAUUUUCUUAAAGUGAAAGCGCUAAAGAAUUUUACUCUUGGAUCAUAUCCUUUCAUAAUUAUACCUUCAUGCCUUGUACAUUUUAUCUACAUAGAUAGGGUCACUCAUAGACUGACUGCUCCAACAUUAGAUUUCACAAAUCCUGAAACUCUUGCUCUUACAACGAAAAAGAUAUGGAAUAUGGUUAAACAAAGCAGAAUGCAUGUAGAAGAAGGACACUUAUCAGUUAUGUGGAAGGAUACAACUUUUAAUUAUGCUUACUUCUUGUGGUUUGAAGAUAGUUCUAAAAUUAGCGGAUGCGUGUUUCCCUAAGCUAUCUGUCAAUAAAAUUAGAAUUUAUGAACUUUACUGCGUCCAUCUUGGUUUAGCAACAUCGUCAUGUGUAUUAGAGCAUUCAAGAAGACUUGCGGCUACGAUAUGGGAGGUCACAGGUGUUCCAAAUAAUCCAGCUGACAUACUGUAAUAAUUCUUUUGAAUACUUAUAUACAGAUAAAAGUUUCGCGCUUACACGCAAAUAUCUUGUACUACAAUUAUUUAAAAAGAAAAGAACUAUUUAUGAAAUUUUUAAUUAUUUACAAGUGCUUAAUAUAUGUAUUAAUUUGUUAUUUAUAAAAGAUAAUGAUGCAAAACAUUUGUAUUUAUUUUAUACGUUAAAUACGUAGUGUAAUGGCACAAUUUAAAGAAACUUAUCAUAUAUAAAAAAGAAAGAAAGAAAGAAAA